AUGACUGUACUGGCCCUGCAAGGCUUGCUGAAAGCACAGCGCUUCAAGUCGGAUGGUCUGGCCCGACGGGCGGCCAAGACCCUUGCCCUGCACAUGCGGUCGCGCAAGCUUGGCGAUUGGGCAGGUGCCAUUUCCGCCUUCAAGACGCUCCCCAACUUGCCCUACGGUUGGAAACCGGCGGCCAAGGCAAAGCCACCACUUUUUCCGUCAACGCUUACACCCCUACGAGCCAUUCUCGACGAUGACGGAGAUGCCCAGCCCGGGUCUAUGGUCAAUGUCAUUGGUGUUCUUAAGGACUGCCGAGCACCCGUCGCGACACACGGAUCGGACUGGAAGUGCACCCUGACCAUCUCUGACUUGUCCAUUGAAGAUGAAUCGGCCGGAGUUGAGCUCGUCAUCUUCCGCCCCGAGGCACGCAUGCCCGAAGUCGGCGCCGGAGACGUGCUUGUUGUUCUAAGCGCAAAAGUUCAGAGGUUCAAGUCCAACCCAAAGUCUCUCAUCACCAGCAAGAUCACCACCGUUUGCGUUUACAAGGCAGCAACAAUUCCCGUCUAUCCCGCUUCAGCACAGGUAGCACUCUUGCCCCCAAAACCAGGUGAAAGCCACAAGCUGUUGAAGGAGGAACACCACCAGUAUGUGUCAUACUUAUACAAUGUGAUCGACAAGUAUGACGUUCCCGACGAGGCCGAGUACCAACAAAGGGUCACAGUUUCUCUGAACGUCAAAGACAAGUUUAGUCUCUUGAAGGAUGUCACGGACGGCAACUUCUAUGACCUAAUCGGCCAAGUUGCCAAAGAUCCUUACACGGAUGAAAUGGGCCGAAUCACCCUCUACCUCAGCGACUACACCGAAAACGACUUUUUCUUCCAUUACACCUGGGAAGGGGUUAGAGACCUCGCAUCAGCAGCCAGGCCAGCCGACGCCUAUCCCGAAGACAACAACCCAGAAGCCGCCCAACAACACCCAUGGGUCGGCCCUUACGGCAAACGAACCAUCCAAAUAAGCUGCUACGACGCGCAUGCCGACUUCAUCCGCGAAGCCGGCGUUUCAGCCGGCACCUGGCUCUCGCUGCGCAACGUGCAAGUCAAGUUCGGCCGCAAUGGCGCGCACCUUGAGGGCUUUCUCAGGGAGGAGCGCAACGCGUCCGCCCGGAAAGUCAACGUUGAGAUCCUCGACAUCGUCGCGCCUGACCCCAGCGUUACCAAAGUAAAAUUCGACCCGCGCUUGAAAGAGGCCGUCCGCCGCUGGCGCGAUUACUCCCAGGAGAAAAAGACGCAGAUCCUAGCGGUCAAGGCCGCGCAGGAGGCUGGGGCUAAGCGAAAAUUUGCUAGAGCCGGCAGCAGCGAUGAAGUACUCCUCGAUGGCCAGCCCCCUGGCAAGAAGUUCAGGGCCAAGGAACGGCGCAAACUGCACCGUGCUGAGUUGGAGAAGAAGGCAGUCGAGGAGCAAGAAAAGGUUGCCCUGGGCUUGAAUGAGCUCGUCACCUGCGAAGCGCAUCCGAAGCCCGUGUCGACGCUUGCGUCUAUUCUGGAACCGGUCAUGUACGAGACAAUGGUCAAUGGCCAGCCCGUCAAGAUCCCGCUGCCGUUUACCAAUACCAAGUAUAAUGCUUGUGUCCGCGUCGUGGACUUCCACCCGUGCAACCUAGAGGAUUUUGCUUGUGGAAGGAAGUGGACUGAGUUUGAUAUAUUGUCGGACAAUGAUCACGAUGAUGACGAUGACGAAAGUGAUCAAGACAGCCUCAACUCAACCAUGGACGCUUCAGACGAUGAAGAUCAAGACAAAGGCCGAACGUGGGAAUGGCGCUUCGCCCUUCUCCUUGAGGACGCCAGCACCCCAUCAUUGCCCGCAACCGUAGCUGCGAUGGACAAAGACAAAACACGGAAAUGUGACCGUGACCCCAAAACAAGAGCCAGGCUAUGGGUGACGGUAGAUAAUACAGAAGCACAAUGUCUCACCGGUCUGGACGCCGUUAACCUCCGCCGAGACCCUCAUACUCUGGCUACGCUGCGGGAGAGGAUGUUUACUCUCUGGGGAAACCUGGAGGAGCUCAAGGCUGAUAAAGCUCGUGCAGCGGUCAAAAAGAGGGAGGAGAGAGACGAGGGCAAGGGCGAGGAUGAGGAUAUUAAUGGGAAUGGCAGGAUAACGAAAAAGCGCAAGGGAAAGAAGGCGACGACGGUGGCACAAUUGGAGAAUUUGAAGCCGCCGCUUGAGGACUCAGAUGGCGAGCAGCAGCAGCAGCAGCAGCAGCAGCAUCAGCAGAAUCAAGGGGAAGAAGAGCUUUCUAACAAACCGUUCAGUUGCUGCUUGAAGCAGUAUGGCGUUCGGGUGUCGGAGGACGAUGAUGGGCUGCCCAAGACGGAUGGAGCAGCGGGUGGGUGGGUGAGGGUGUUUGGGAUGUUUGGCACCAAGAUAUGUGUAUGAAUGGAUGAUAAGUACUUGUUGAUCUAUAUCGAUCAAGCAAGACUAUUACGCGCCACCGUUUGUCGCAAUAAGCUUUGCUGUACGACUCAACAGAAGCUCUCCAAAGUCACUCCCCACUAUGUCUGAACCCAUGACCACCGUAACCGCUUUUUUCGAAUCCAUUAUAAUAGCGACUCU